AUGGAGUCGCGUUUCCAUGCGCUGGGCGACUUUUUAUUCUGUUUCGCGGCCAGUAAAGCUUGGUGCCUUCGCAUGGAACUCUCGCUGUUUAGGUGGGAAGGUGAGGAGGAGGUGGAGGAGGAGGAGGAGGAGGAGGAUGAUAACACAGGCUCUAAGGGAGGUCAGCUACCUGAGGUCAGGAGACGGGGCAUGGGCGCUCGAGGCGUCUUACUGCGCGAAGCCGAGGAAGCAGGCCGAGGAGGGCGUGAGGAGGAUGCAGGUGACACACUUGAUGUGGAGGUUGGUUGGGGUGUGCUAUUAGUGGGGGUUGAGAGUUAG